ACGCAGCGUACUUUUCACUAUCGUGAACACGGUCAAAACAAACAUGGUGGAAUGAAUAGAGAUGACAAUUCCUGAAGUUGGCGGAAGUUUUCGACUUUAUUUGAGGGAGUAAGCUAAGGAGCUCAACUCUGCAGUCAUGUUAGAAUCGUAUAUUACUCCGAUCCUUAUGAACUAUGUCGACAAAUACAUCAGAAAUCUAAAACCAAGUGAUCUCAACUUAUCUCUAUGGGGAGGCGACGUGUCAUUGACAAAUUUAGAGUUGAAUCUUCACGCUUUAGAAAAGGAGAUCAGUUUUCCAGUGACAUUUUUGAGUGGUAAGAUUCAUGAAUUAAGCAUCCAUGUUCCAUGGACUAAACUGUACUCAGAGCCGGCAGUCAUCACAAUCAAUACUAUAGAAUGCGUUCUAAAAAUUCGUGAUGAUGUAUCUCAAGCGGAUGAGAAUGAUGAUGAGAGCAAUGUAUUACCGGCUGAUGUUAAAACAGUCAAAGGAUCUUCUCCUUCCAAUGACAAUGAGAAAACAUUACCACCAGGUUAUGUGCAGAGCUUACUGAAUAAGGUUCUAUAUAAUUUAUCUAUAAAGGUCAAUAACCUUAUCUUGAAGUAUGUUGAAGAUGAUAUCGUUUUGUCAGUGAACAUCAAGUCUGCAGAAUUUUAUAGCACUGAUGAAAAUUGGUCAAAAGCAUUUGUUGACGUAUCUGCUCCUGAUUGGAUACUUCAUAAAACAUGCAACAUCACGGAUCUGACGGUUUGCCUCGAUCGGCGAAAUGCCAGCGGAGUGAUAGAAAUGUAUCAAGACCCUCUUGCCUAUAAAUGCAACCUCUCGUGUCGGAUGCAAGUCUUCUUUGACAAGGAGGGGUUCCAUUUGCCUAUUGAGAAAAACAUUAGUGUUUAUUGUGAGUGUUUAGAAGUAUCUGUUACUGAUCAACAACUUCCACUUCUGAUAAGACUUGCGAGAUUAGGUCUCGGUCUUUAUUAUGGGACAGUAGAUGUUCCUGGUUGUCAACCAUCAUCUCAUUCUGCAAAGGAUAUCAUGAAAAAACAAGAACAAAAGUCUAAUAUUAUUAGUCCACUUGGCUCAAGUUUUACUCAAGGAGUCGACACUGAACUAUCAAAUGAUGGAUGGUUAUCAUGGGCAUAUUCUAUGGUACCCAGUCUUAGCACGGAUCCAAAAACACAAGAUGCUUCCUUGGUAACACUCACGUCGAGAUUUUCAAGCUACGUAUCUCAAGCUUCAUUAAAUUUAAAAAUCACUGAAGCAACGAGCGAGGGUCAAAUUCUUGGUGGUCAAAGAUUUGUAUUCAAACCAAUUCUGAGUAUUGAAGCUUCUGGCAUCGCCCAAGAAAUAGUCUUAAGAGGGGGCACCUUUAUGGAUUUUCAAAUCGGCGUGACAUCAGUGACAGGCUGGUUAAUAGACGCUUUCGUUGGCAAAAAUGAAAGACGGCUAUUCAAUGAACAGAUUGACGAAGAUGGGAGAGACUUCGAGGAGGUGUUAUUUCUAAAAAUUGGCGCAAAGGAUGCAAGCUCCAGUAAAAGUGUAUCUUUCCUUAAAGGCUCUCUGUUUGAUUUUGAGAGAAAUCUUUCAAAACCACAGCUCUAUGAGUUACCUCAGGACAUGAAAGAAUUUCGUCGUAAAAACUCUGAAACAAACGUCCUUGAGCGUUUUGGCGCUAUCUUCUUUGAAUACUUGUACACAAUGGAAGUCGAAGGUGCUGAGGAUGGUGUUUAUUACAAAACAGUGCCUGCAGUGAAAGAAGAAUCAGAACAGCGGUAUAUUUUUGGAUCGUCUAUGGUUGAGAUAACGAGCAGUCUAGUUCAUAAGCUGGAGUUGGUUUUUAAACUGGCAGGCGACGAUGUUAACUUAAGAAAAGAGAGAGACGAAGUAUUUUAUGAUGAUUUCGUCGAAGAACAACUGUUGUCAGGGACUAUAUCUCAUCGUUUCAUGCACGUGACAGUUCUGGACGCAAGUCUUGUUAUAAAGAUGGCAGAUCAGGCAAAGACAGCGCAUGUGCAGAAUGAGCCUGAAAUCCUCACUGACAGUUCAUUUAGCGAAAUACUCGAAGAGAACGAGCUCAAUUCAAAUACCUCGACUGUAAUAGCUGGUUGUGUGUUUCAAAUUGAAAGACUUGAUUACCAAAGGAAAUCUCCAAUGUUCCCACAGGAGUUGGUUAAACUGCUCAAUGAAAAAAGCGGCAACAAAGUGCUGCGUCAAAAUGCUCACAACGAUAUCUACAUCAAGGUAUUUGGAAGUCAAGUUGCUCUUUCUAAGCACGAUGAACUCACCGUAGACGAACCAAUGACUUUGAAUAUCGUCCCAGCAUGCAACAUGUCAUUGUCUGCCAAGCAAAGUUUGUAUAAUAGAGAACUUAACGGUAUGGGUGAAGUCGAGGCUAGAUUUGAGCUUGCUUCGUUGUCGUUAAAUCUCACAAAGCCACAGUUUGUGUUGUUGCAGCAAAUACAUCGAUCUUGGAUGGACAACACUGCUCAUGCGCAAAAAAAUUUGUCGCAAAAUUCUUUGCUUCAAGACGUUUUUCAUCCCUCAGCAAAAAAUGGAGGGCAGAUGCCAGUGAUUGUGGAAGCUUCCCUUCACGAUGUAAAUAUUCAGCUUCACCUUCAAUCUGAUGUGAUUUCAACUUCAGGAUCUGUGGGCGCAAUUAAAGCGGUUGUACUCAGUUUAGAUCACGAGGAAACGGAAAAUACUCCAGUUAUAUAUGGUCCACUUUUGACCACCGACUUGUUUAAUGGAAGAUCUUUCGAAUCUCAUGAAAAUCCCAAGUUUCGAAUGGAAACACUUGAGCCGUGGUUGGCAUUUACUUUGAAGAUUCCUGUUGAUCUGGGAAACGCGAGAGAACCACGUUCACAAGUGAUGGGAGCCAUCCUCUUAAAAUGCAACGGAACGGCUAUCAAUGUGGAUCCAGUCUUGUUCACUUGGCUUGCAUAUUCUCCAAAAAUACAUUCUCCUGUCGAAAGUUCAUCUCGAAGGAAGAAACCGAGGAGAGUAAUGAGCCGCAGUAGAAACUUGUCAGCGGUUACUGCGAGGAAGAAGAGCUAUGCCAGAGGAAAUAUUUCGCCAACUUACCACAACAAGAAGCUUCAUUCACAGCAGAAGAAGCGUCCGGAGAAUUCUGGCGAAAAUGAUGGUCUCGAUUUUGAGUCAUGGCUAUCUGAAAAACUCCCCUUGCUGGCAUCCAUGAUCAUUCAACUUGACAUGGCAUCCUUGGUGUUUUUUGCUUCGCCUGCUCAUUUGCCUUACGAUAGUUCUUCAUCUGAAUACUACGAUAUUCCACGUAAUUUUAUUCUGCACUUCCGCAAACAAGUCGCCGCCUCCUCAGCUGGUGUAGUACUCAGUCUUCCUGCGUUGAAAAUCCGUAGUUCAGAUCAUCCUGACCUCGCCAUAUGCCACGAUAUAUUACGUCAUCCACUGUCUCUACCCCCACGUGAUGAACCCGAAACGUUGCCAUGGACACUCGCCGCUGACAACAUGUCCAUGUUUACGGUUCUCCGUAAUAAAGAUGAGCAAACUCUGGAUAUUGAUUUUUUGUUGAAUCCCAUGAGUUGUCGUGCAAUGCUGGCUUCGGCUAAAACGUCACGUUUACAAAGUGGGACAAAGGGGUUAAAUGAUGAACUUAAAGCCACGUUGGAUUUUGUUGUGCACACUGACUUUGAUUCAAUCAGGGUGAAUUGUUCAAAAAAACAGGUGGAUGUUAUGUGUCUUCUUUAUUCCAACACGACUAAGUUAAUUUCGACAAUCAGCGUUCGUGAAUCGAAUGAAGUAAAAGAGUCAAACUGUCCUGCCAAGUCCCUAUCAAAUAAUAAAUUUGAAGGUGCUCGUACCACUAAACGCAAGGCGGUUCAUUCUUCCUUGUCGAGUGUUGAUGUUAUUGAAGAAGAAUCAAUAUCAUCCGACAGCACUCCGUUGCUAUUCCUCUCACCAGAAGAAGCGAGCAAAAUUUCGUCAUCGCAGAUUCACGUUUCCCUAUGGGUUCAAUGCACUCUUCCCAAGUUAUCAUUCAAUAUGUUUACCAGUGAUGACGCAAAUGAAAAAGACGUGCGAAUGUUAACUGAAUUAGAAGAUUUGUCCGCGUCGUUUGAUUAUGAAAAACAUCAUUUCAAAGCUCGUUGUAAAUGUGGUAACUUCAGCAUUACUCAUUUUCAGAAACGGCCUUCCGGUGAAUGGAUUACUGGUCCCGGAGGCGGGAACAUUUUUUCACGUCAAGACACUCUCUCCACUCCUUUAAUAAAAGUCAGCGAUGUUGAUAAUUUGGAUCCAGGCCCUCACGGGUUCUUUUACGUGGAGUACAUUGCAUCAUCAAGUGUCGUCCCAUCAUUCAAGGGGAGCUCUGAGGACGAUGACGUAUUACAAAACUCUCUUGGCAUCAAGCAAAACAUACACGUGACCAUUCAGCCAUUUGAUUUUGUACUCUGGUGUCCUUUACUAUAUACUGCUAUCCAUGUGUUUCAUACCUUCACUCUUGUUCUUCCUCACGAUUCAAGUAUGAAACACGAGACGCCUUCGUUUGAAUGUGAUAGUGAAAUAGAAAAACGUCUGAGUAGAUUUCCGGAGGUGAAUUUUAAAAUACGAGGCUUUCGUAUUUUGUUACCGUCCUCUAUUGACUUGCAGGGCUUGAAAAACAUGAAAAAAAGUGUUAACUUUUCGGAUUCAUUCACAAUUCAAGCUUCUACGUUUCAUAUUUCGUCACAAGUGGAAAAUCCAAUAUCACGUCUUGUGGUUCAUAAAAAACUAAGCGAGACGUUAACAGCAUUUGGGUGCAGUCAACACAGGUCAGCGGCUCAACACGAUACUCAAUAUAAGAUUGAGAUGAAAGGUCUUCGUAUCUGGUCGGGAUGUUGGAAGGAGCUAUGUCAAAUGUUGCCAAAACAGGAUACUACAGGGAUUGAAGUUGAUCUUUUGGAGCAAAAUCCAGCAUUGGAAUGGAACACACAUAUUGGGCAAGAACAUGCUAGUACUCUUGCUAUUCCUGUGUUAUCUGAUCUGGACGUGAAAUGUGUUAUCGCACCUCCACUUUAUCUCUUCAUGAACGACAAGUAUCAGCCGUGGUCUGUACCGAUCUAUGGUUUAUCCUUAGAGCUCAAUAUAGUGAAGGAUGUUGAAGUUUUUCUUAGGAAACGUCAUAUAAAAUUAAUCGAAAUCAUUUUGAAUAAAAACCUGUGUAGCAGUAUAGUUAGUAAUGACGGCACACCAGCAUCAAAUCUUACACCAUCUUACGUUUCUAACUACCCUGAUCAUCGCCUUGAAGAUAUGGCGACCGCUGACAAGUUGGACAGUGGCAUCGGUAGUGAAUGCUCUCAAAAGAACCUCAAUUCAGCGAAGCGUUGUGAAGACAGGCAGCAAAAUAACGCAAUGGACUGUCUUUUCACAAGUCAGACAUGCUCAAUAUUUCUUUAUGAAAAGCUGGAAGAUCAAUGCUCGGGUUUAGUUCCCGUUGUCAGCGCCUCUCUCGUUCAACCGUCCUUGAGUUUCAACAAGCGCGCAGAUUGUCAUACGAUUCAAAUUUCCUGCUUCGAUUUCUUCUUGUCUAAAAGUAAUAAGGAUUUUACAGCUGAUCUCAAGAUAAACUUUGGUCGGCCAAUCUGGAUUGAUAUCGAUCUGUUAAUGAUGAAAAGACUAAAGGAUUUUACGUCCGAGCUCUUUUCGCAAAACGCAAGUGUGGAUGGUGAACCAAGUUCAAACUCUAUGAAGGAUACGACGUGCAUAGUUCGUUCUGUAGCGGUGUCCACAGACUACAUUUCAAUUACCGUAACAGCAGGUCACGAUUUUAUAAUUGAUCCUUCUGUUAAAGUAUCGUGUCUUUCCAUGAAUUUGGGCAUUUGUCUGAAGGUUGAACACAGAGCAGAUUUUCUUCAGCGUAUGACAGGAAAUUUACGUCUGUGUGCUCUGGCGUUGUCGACGUAUAAUAACGAAGAUAUUCAGUCCUUUUUACUUCCAUGUGAUGCUUCUUUUGAACUCGAGAUAUUUUCCACAUCACCAUCUAUUUCGCCAAUCUGUUGUUGCACUACGCCUGUAAGUCAAACUUUAAUUUGGUUGAAUUGUGAUUUUUGUCAACUUAAUUUUGGUCAAGAACAUCUCAAAUGUAUUGAUGCAUUUGUUCAAAAUAUCAGGAGAUUUAUGGGCAACUACUUCCAAGUACACGAUGAAAGGACAGAUGAGAGUAUUGAAUCUGAUUCAGUUGUUACACCAAGUAUCCAUUACUCCGAAGAUGACCUGCGAACAGGCCCAUUCAAGUAUAUUGUAACUGAAGUCUUGGAAACUCGACCAAUGUGUCAUGAGAUCGUAUUUUGUGACGAACACCUUCCCACGAUGACGUGGCGUUAUCCUGAACCGCGCUCGCUGUCCAGCAUAAAUAUCACUCCAGUACCAUUUACAACGUUCAGUAGUUAUCCCAGUCCAGUUGUUCAAGAGGAUUGUCUGCUUCCAUGCAUUUUGCGAUAUUGGGACAACAUUCAGAAGGCUUUUGUUGAACACUCGACUUUUUAUAUCUCAGAGAGCAGUUCUGUUCAGGUUUCACUUUCUAAUCCUAUGGCAAGUCCGCUGUCCGAGGUUAUUGCUGCUUCAGAAUGGCAAGUCGUUGCGAAUGUCCGCUUGAAGUCCAACGAAGAAGACGAAUUUAGUGAAGAAGAUGAAUUUAAUGUUUCAAAGCGACCUACUGUUCCAUCACCAAUAUCUGCGACUUCUCUUGCCGCUUGCAUGAAAGUUGAUUCGCUAUUUUGUUCUAAUUUUGUUCCCACGCAUUCCAUAGCUGCGACACUGAAUAGCACACAGUUGACUGUCUACAACCACUUGAAUUAUGUCCUUCCAACAAGACUCAAAAGUUUCACUUUAAAAGACGAUCUACCCAAAGCUCAAGAGUUUCUCCGUUUUUUUGCCGAAAAUACUACGAUAUUGAUGAAAUCAUGGCCGACCAACACUCGUCAAUGUCUGCUAUGGAGUUGUAUCUCUGCUGAUAUUCUCAGUUAUCGUGAACUAACAUGGCUGUCUUUUCUUAAUCCUUUUGAUGUCACCUUGGCAUUAACCACAAACCAAAAUUCACAGGGUAACGACGCAGUCAUUCCGUGGAGGUCAAAUGAUUACAAUUGUCACAUGUGUUGUGGUGAUGUGGUUAUAGAUACUAGUCAAAAUAGGAUUCAUACUCUUUCAAGUGGUGUGUUAUCUUGGCAAGAAUCUCCAUCUCCCGCUCUUUGUCAUUUCAUCAUCUGUAACAACACAAAUCAUUCCAUCCUUUUUGGACAGGAUGGCACAAAGGAAAAUAUUUUGUUGAAAAGUAAAGAACUGACUUUCUACAGUUGGUUGUCACAAGCUGCGCUUUGUCAUCAACAGUUACAUCUCUGUUUGGGGGAAAGCCGUUGGUCUGAGCCGUUUGCUAUCGAUACGAUGGGAUUGGUGAAUCGUGUCGUACAAUAUAGUUUACAUACUGCGACCUUAAUUAUUGAAAUAAAAAAGAAAUCUGGUCUUCAGCGGGAGAUUAUUAUUCACAGCAGUCAUGUUAUCACUAACUAUACUUCACUUGACAUCGAUGUACAGCUACUUCAAAAUCCUCCCGUCAAUCAAAUAGCAAGUCCCGCUCUCCAGGUACUUCACAGUCUUACUGUUCCUGCUCAUUCCAGUUCACCCUCUUACGUCAUCUCACAUGGGGGCUUAGCUGGAGUACGCGUCAGAAUGAAUGCUGAGACAACGUGGUCGGGGACUCUUCCAAUCGAAGAUCAAAUGCCAAAUUUCAAACAGCAUUCUGUUGUUCAGAUGUUGGGUACGAAAGAGUUUAGAAAUUUCUACGUAUGGUACAAUGCAGUUUGCGUUGAUUCGUUGAUUGGCCAAAUAGAGAUAUCAUUUUCCCCGCUGUUCAUUGUCAAGAACUAUCUUCCUCAAACAGUUCAGUUGACUACCGUGUCGGCUUCUGGUGAAGUCACCGUUACCCAUGAAGCACCGGGUGAAUCACGUGAACAUCAUUUGUUUGACUUACCCCCAGACUCCUGGCAUUAUUUGACUUUCCAAUUACCUGGCGUGAAAGUAUCUUCCAAUCCCUCGGUGCCCCUAAACUCCACUCUAUAUGAAAUGACGGAAAACCAUGGUCAUUCCAAUGUUAAACAGCCUGAGUCCACAUUAGUGCGUCAUGUGCAGUCGUUGCGCAGGCGCAAUGUUUCGGAUUCUGAUGAAGAGGAUUUAUCAAGCGUUGAACUACAAUGUAGAAUUCGCAGUAAAUGGCAAAAACUGCGAAGCAUUCUAGUUGAAGUCAAACCUUGGGGAUUGUUUGAAAAUAAAUGUUGUGUUAAAAUCUAUCUUAAAGACGAGGCGAAGAAUGGUAUUUUUCGUAUCAAGCCAUGUCAAGUUACCUCACCGACAAAACCCGAGACAUUUCGUGUUGGAGUGCAACCACAUUGGCUUAAAGAAAUCUACUGGUCUGAUGUUAUAUUUCUUGUUGAUGAUGAACAAUCUCACGGAGUUGUAAAUUGCACUUCUCUUCAGCUCUACGGGCAGAUCAGAUGCAACAUAAUCGUUCCCAGUCCUUGGGGAAACAAGUUAUGCUCAUUGAUGAUAAUAUCGUCUAUUGCAAUGGAAAUGAGGAUCUUAUCCAUACAAGAAAUUACGCGGAUUGUGUGGAAAGCUCUUCCAAGAUCUCUCAUACUUCGACCUGUGUUAGUAAAUGACGUCACAACGAAGUUAAAGGAAAUAUCUUCAAAUAAUGAAAAUCAAAUCAUUUUAAAGUCAUCUGACACCCAAUCUGUUGAUUUAACUUCACAAGGAAUCCCAUAUUGGGACGUGUCAUCUGAACAUGGUAAUCUGGACAGCUUAGAUACGUCACUCUAUACUCUUUUGUUGGGUAUCGCUGGAACCAAUGAGAUGACGACUGUCCAGUGGAGUCGACCUAUCAGAAUUGAGAAAGGCAUUGUAAGACAAUCCGUGUUUCUUCAAACAGCCAACCCUGAACCUCCAUUAGCAAUAGUUGCAAUCACUAUCAUUGAAAAUGAUCUAAUUAAAGUCAUUCUCACCGAAGACAAGGUUCCCCGGAUGCUGUUGAGCAAUAACUGCUCAAUACCGAUACAAUUAGGGCAAUGCCCGACAGAUCUCGAUCGACAGAAUGCAAAGAAAACUCGUCUGUCGGGUCGUGAUGUAGUUGUUUCCGAAAAUUUGGAACAAUACACUUCCAUUCCUUGCCUCGAUAGUCACCAUUCCGUGUACUAUGAGGCUCCAGUGCUUCGAAAGACUUUCCUGACUAAAAAACCACAAAUAUUCCCCAAAGUAAAAUUUCAAGUGUUAAAAGAGACUAGGAUCAAGAAAAAAGGCGACACUAACUGUGAAAAAUCCAUCUAUAUGCCACAGGGAUGGAGCGAUGACGUUGAUAUUUCAACUGUUGGAAAAACGUCACUGAUUCUUCCAGGAAAUACUCGAUUACACCUGGAUAUUACCAUGGCGACAUCUUUCUUGACCCACGUUGUGAUUUCUGAAACUUGCUUUGAUGAGACGAAGAAUGAAGACGUUGAAGUUGCCGCUGAAAUAAAGUUGAACUGUAACCUAUCCAAUGUGAGUGUCUGCCUCAUCGACGAGUGCACAUCUUUGAAGCCUAUUGAAGUGUUACGAGUCAAUCUCGAAGACAUUUCUUUCGCUUUGAAAUGUACAAACGUUAAUCGAAAUAAUUUUGAGAUAAACGUCGCUGGAAUUCAAAUCGAUAACCAAAUGUCGGAUGAUUACUACCAUUUUCCUGUCCUUUUAUUGCCUCUGGAAAACAAAAUGCGAAAUGCUCGGCGUAAAGAAAGGCGAUCACUGAACUCUUUGCUCAGUUGUAGCUUGGAACUAUCAUUAAACAAUGAGAAAGUUCAUGUUCACGUCCUGAGUGUUGAACUGCUGCCAUUGUCUGUUUUCAUUGAAGAUACAUUGCUUUAUAAACUUGCUGGAAUGCUUGAUUCUUUUGUGCUUCCAAUGUCUGAAGAUAAAUCAAAUGUUGAUCGAUGCUUGUCGAGCGUUGAAACUAAUGAAGACAAUUUGCUAUCCGCUACCAUGAAUGAUGCAAUAUCCAAAUGCAAAACUGUGUAUCCAGAAGAUAUCCAAGCCUUUAUGGUCGCGUCGGCUAUAGUUAGUCCCGUGUUGAUUGAUCGCGUUUCCAUCGAACCUUCCUUUAUCCUUGUGACGUUUCAUGCUUCGGUCAAAGUUUUUGUUGCAGCCAAUCGUACACCGCUCUCUUUCUCGAAGUUUGAAAUGUUGUCAUUGUUUACCGACUUAUCAUACUUUACCCAACUGCUGACCACACAUUAUGCAUACUCGGCUUUAAUGAAAGUCGGCUGGGUUGUUGGGUCCUUGGAUAUUAUUGGCAGUCCAGCUAGUCUUGCUCGUAAUAUAGGUCAGGGGAUAGCGGAUUUUUUCUAUCUUCCCUAUGACGGGUUAACGCGUGGACCUACUGCUUUCGUGACGGGGAUGUCUCGCGGUAUGGUCUCGUUUAUGUCUCACAUUUCAGCUGGUUCAUUGAGCUCAGUGACGAACUUAGCGUCCAGUAUCUCACGCAAUUUAGACAGACUAAGUCUUGACGAUCAUCAUGUAAGAUUUCAGGAACAACAGCGAGCCGAUGGAGUGCCAAGAAAAAUCGUGUCAGGCUUUACUCAUGGUUUGUCCGGCUUUAUGCUCAGUGUUCUUGGAGCUGUGGCCGGUGUUGCUGACCAACCGUUGCAAAAUUUAUUACGAGCCGAGAGCAUGAGUGACAUGACCAGCGGUUUGAUCACGGGCGUUGGUAAAGGUUUGAUUGGUGUUAUUACGAAACCUCUUGGUGGCGCAAUGGAGUUGGUCUCUCAAACUGGUCAGGGCAUCUUGCAAGGAACUGGGCUUGGAGAGAUGCCGGUGAGAUUAUACGAGUCACGUGACAAGCUAAAUGCUCCAAUGAGAGCUAGUCAUCUGAGAUAUUUAUGGAAAUUUCUUCACGCUAAAGGAUAUAAGGAUGUCUUUCCAGUAACUGUAAGUGUUUUUCUUGGUAAUGAUUCGCAUUUUAAUGCUAUCCUUUUAAUGUCACGUGAUGUGAUCAUGUUCCUCAACACCGACGACGAUACUGUUCUGUCAGCGUUCGUCUUGAACCAAAUUGACAUGCGCAAUGAUCCACAGCAUUCGGGUGCUAUCAUUAUUGAACACCAGUUGUCAAGCACGGACACUGUCAGUGAAUUGUCCAGCAAUGAUGAACUCAAUCCUACAACUAUUGGUCCGUUACAUGAAAACCAUUUAAUGAUUAUGAAUGUAUUUAUGGAUCCACGUCAAUCUCAACCUUUUCUCGAUCAUUAUAAAUUAUUUAAGUUGGGUUAUUAAUUAAUCCACGUGUCUCAUCAUGUACAUAUUAUACAUACACCACAUGCGUCCAUUGUACAAUCGAAUGACUCAUCUUCAGAUGAAAAAUACUCCAACAUCGACUA